CUUCAAAAGUUCAUGCUACACAGACACUCGUUCAACGUGCAUUUCACGAGCUGCGAACAUCACACAGCCAGAUGUGCUCAGAGUUCAGAACCCGAAACGGUAAGAGUUCAAGAAAAUAACUUGCCUUUCAGCAUAUCUACCCCCAACAUAGAGUAAACGCAAAAAGUCUGACCGAAACGGACACCCAAGAUCUGGCACGGCCCAGAAAUAGCAGCGGGGUGAGACAGUUUCUACCUGUCUCACCCUGCGCUCUUCAGGUGUAUCUCAGGUCCCGGCUAGAGGUAGCAGUGACGUAAUGAAGUGACGAUGGACCCGAACGAAAAGUGGGCCGCGAGAAAGACGAGGUACGUGGUGCCGAUGUUAAAUCGCGCGACGAUGCAGUGAUCGUGGUGAUCGAGUUAGUGGAUCGACGGGUGGACGAUGCAUCACUCCGGUGGUGCCGGUUACGGGACCGGGCCCCAGGAGCGAGUGCACCAGGUGCCCCGAACUGCUGGCCAACCCGACAAGUGUCCCUACGAGACCUACCAGGCUCAGAUACCGGAUUGCUGUGCAGCUGCAGCUGCGGUACAGGACCCGUAUCCACGCCCACCGAGCGGAUACGAUGGCAGGUGCUACGACGAGUGCCAUCGCAGGACGCCCUAUCAGGACGACGCCUACACCCAGGAUGUGCCCCCGAGCUUUCAUCGGCCACAGUCAAGACUGGGAUACGAGGAGCGUCCCCAAUCUCGUGUGGGAUACACCUCGGAUUCCAGGUGUGCCAGUGGACUCGGUUACGACGACACGGGAGGUGGCUACCUGGAUCAGAGUGAUCCCAGGAUGUAUUGCACCAGUGGUUACUGUAUGGGGGACACCAUGAUGGCCACCAGCCGAGGAGUAUGCGGCGAAGAGGUCGAACUAGACAUGCGGAGGCACAUCCAGGCAUGUGCCUGCACCUGCAACCACAUGGGCUACGGGAAUUACAUGGACUAUCAGUCGAAAAGAGAAGAAAAGAGACGUAACAAAACGGUGGUGCAACGGCGUUCGGAAAAAAACGCUGUUCAUAGAAUCGCAGGCCGGCUCGAGAGGAGAAAAAUGGAGGAUGGCCAUGUGCCACGAAAAAGAAGAAAAAGGGGUUCGCAGGUAACGCCGUACCUGUAUCCCGAUAAAACAGAAUGUAAAUCAGUAGCUGAGCUGGACAGAGAUGGACACGAUGGGACUAGUUCCAUCGAAGGACCAACCCAUGACUGUAUUUAUGAGGACUGCAUUUAUAGAGACUGUACUCUUAGCAUGACUGCAUUUAUCAGGACUGCAUUUAUAAGGAUUGCAUUUAUAAAGACUGCACUCUUAGUAUAA